CAAAGUGAAAAAAAAUCGUCCGAUGAAGAGAAUGUCACAGGUGCGAAGUUGGACCUUCAAUAUGUUUUUGGCAUUUGGAAGAAAGUUCCUUUUUCUUUCGCUGCUAUUUCUCUUUUUGUUGUUUUUUACUUUCUUAUUGAACUUCACAAACUGGAAAAGCCUAUCAGCGCAGCAAAAAGGUGUCUAUUUUGAGUCACAGUUUAGCGAGUCCAACCAGAGUAUUCCCUUCCUUUGUACCAGCUUAGAAUUCAACCACCACAAUUUUACGGAGCGACUUAUAAAUAGUGUAGACUACCCCACUAAACACUUUGUUGUCGUUGUCGCGGGAUUUGAUUCUAGUGCUAGACAGAUAGCAAGGUGGAUAGCUGAAAACUUCAAACAAGUCAAAAUUGUAUGGGAGUCUUCAAGAAUAGGUGGCACUGGAGGCUUUAACAUAUGCUUGCGUUAUAUGCACGAGUUUUAUAGAGAAAGAUGGGGUCUGAUUGUGAACAACGACGUUUAUUUUCCCUCUGGCUCCUUGAAAAGCCUAAAGUACCAAACCGAGCUGACUUUGCUGGAAGACCCACACUUGUGUCUUGGUUUUGUGAGUUUCAGAAACAUGCAUUUUGGUUAUAGUGGUUUUGUGGCGACUUCUCGACUUGUACAGUAUGCUGGAUAUUUUGACGAAAACUUAUUUCCUGCAUACUACGAUGACAAUGAGUUGGAUAUUCGUCUUCGAGAAGUAAACAGAAAUGAUGACGUUUGUACACGACAUGAUAUAGUUUUCAGUAACGGUAUUCACCAUGGUAUUGAAGAUCAACAAGGUUAUCUAUCUGGAACUGCGAUAUACUUGGAUGAACAUGAGAACAGUAGCUUCCGUGAUGCUCAAAGAAGAGGUUCUCGUAAUAAUCCUGUAUAUGUUGCAGAAAAAUGGGGGUGUCAAGGUACAGACUGGAAUUCUUGCAGCUACAAACGCCCUUUUAACAAAAGUUAUUUAAGUCUGAAGGACUGGCGGUUUGAUCCUGUCUAUCGUAUCUGUAUAGAAUAUGGAAAAUUUGCACGACAUGAUCGUUGUACUUACGACUUAGAGCUUUUAAACUCCCAACUAGAUAACGUCGAGUCGUAAAUUGUCCGUAUUCUGAUAACUCAGUUAUUGUAGUUGAUGGUAUUCUGUUUCAACUGUUGAAAAGUUCUUUGGAUUGCACUUGUUUAAAUUUGGUACGCAAAGUAAUUAUAGUUCGUAUAUGUCUGGGCGCGUCUUGGUCCAGAGUUCGACAUUAUCUGUUUUCAAUUCAUAUAAACAAGAAGCUCAGUUCAGUUUUCAGUGAAAGCCUGAAGUAUGUGGCUCAAUAUUUCCACUGCUUUCGAAUAACAUCAUUUCCGUAGAUAGGAGUCGAUAGAAUACUAUAGAUCAACUCCAUGUUUUGUGACGUAACGGUUAUCUCAAGUUCUUUCUUUGACUAUGGCCGGAAAGAGAAAUUUCGAGUAUUUCAUACGCGUUUUCAAAACCCU